UUAUAAUUGAAAAUAACUAAUGUCGGUCGACAAAAGUAGAGAAGAGACGACGAGAAAGUAAAGUCACUUAAGUUAAUCCGCAAACGUUGGAAGGGGAGUGUAGAUGUGAUUUUACUGAGGUUAUGCCAACCCGCCUUAGUUACGACCUGAUAUCUGACGAUGGAAAUGCAGGCCAAAACUUAUAUCAGAGUGGCAGUCUAUGCAGCGAUUUUCAUCGUGGGAUUUUUGGGUAACUUGCUUACUAUUAUUGUUAUUAUUCGUCGGAGACAGAACAUGUCCGCAUAUCAGAUAUUAGUCCUGAACUUGGCGAUAUCAGACUUUCUUUUCCUUACCUCCCUUCUACCUUUGACAACCUACGAAUUGUUUGGGGUUAUCGCAAAGUCCGAGGUUUACUGCCGAUUUCUUUGGCCAAUGUACACAAUCUUCUACCUCCUGAGCAUAUUUACUAUCACCUCCAUGGCGCUUCAACGUUGUCGUUCGAUUGUCUUCCCUCACCGGCCGAAACUGAGGCAACAAAAGGCGUUUGUUUGGGUGGCCGCCAUUUGGUUUGCAGCGUUCAUUAUCGUCUUACCCCUUGCUAUCGUGACAACGUCUGUCCCACCUGGUGAAUGCCACGAAAACUGGCCGAGCUUUCGUCACAAACAGGCAUACACCUUAGCACUUUUUCUCUUACAGUAUUUAAUACCCUUAGUGAUCAUUACCAUCGUGUAUGCUAGAAUCGCACUUUCCCUACUUCAUUUUGGUGACUUCAGGCGCAACGAUAGCUUUGCAACCGAGGAACAGCGCGCGGCGGAGGCAAGAAGGAUUAAGAGACGAAAUCAAGCCAUCAGGACAUUAGCAGCCGUUGUCAUUUUGUUCGCCAUUUGCUUUUUUCCUGGGCAAAUAGCCUGGCUGUUGUUUGACUUUGGAAACGGUGGAAAAAGUCAGAAAAAGGCUAUCGAUACUCUUCUUAAUUUCUCAGACGUGCUGGAUAAUUUCCACGCCUGCGUCAAUCCCAUUAUUUAUUGCCUGUUAAGCACGCGGUAUCGCAAGGAAUAUUUCAGAUGUUUGCUUUAUUUAUUUCGUAAAAGUGGGGGAAAUUAGCUGGACAUUAGACCUAGGGGAAGGUUUAAACCAAGUCUAAUCGUAUAAAUAAACAAGGAAAAAUUUAAAUAAAAGGUGAAAAAACGAGAUAAAAAAAAAGUAACGGGCGAGAUUAAAAAUCUCUCUUUUUAAGAACAACUGUAUGGUGUAAUGCUUUUCUACAUGUCGUUAUGCUGUUUUCACAAUUAACAUUUACGGAGGUGUAAAAAAAAUUUAGGUUAAAGGCCCUCAAAAAAAUAACAAGUACGCUAUUUAAAAAUGCAUGUUCCUCUUGAGCUAGCCAGCUGAAAAUUCAACUUUGAAUUAAAGAAAAACGCAGAUAAUGCGUUUUUGACAGAGAUCACUCGGCACACAGGAUGUUGAAAUUAAAUUUUCGCGGCAUUUAUUACCAAGCUAUACCUUUAAUAUACGUAAUUUUGACGUGGUAAAAAUUAAUUGUACGCUAACCGUCAUAUGUACUCGCUUGUCUAUCCUCUAUAAGCUAUUUGCAAACAAAAAGGUUGCUGAAAGUUAGCCAUUAAAAAAGCUUUAGCCAGUAAGAGAAGCUUUGUACAUAUUUAGCUAUUAGCUAAGGUUUAUGUUUCAUAAAUGGUCUGUAAAAAGGAUCCGUUUCUUAGCAAAAACAACAAUCUUCCGAGGAUAUCGUCGGUUAAUAGAAAGCAGUCGUAACAUAAAUGUAUCUAUCUUCCAAACUUUACACCCGCAUUUCCACAAAGGUAAAAAACAAGCCUUUAAGAUUGAGAGAGGUGCUUUACUCUCGUUGAGAAGUUGUCUUGUUUCCUCUAAUUAUUAAGGAUUGAUUAAUCCAUUAGUGUAAAAGAAGAACCGUUUGUGCUAGUUACUCUCAAUAAGUCAAGUUCAGGACUAAGCAAUGUAAAUAGACGGAUCUUUAUUGCAUGAUUCAAGCGUCAAGAAAAAUAUGGAAAUUCAAAAGGAUAA